AUUUUGCCGAGAGAUAUGGGCUCGCUUCGACCUGCAACCCGAUGGGUUUUCCAGUUCUCUUUCUGCGAAUCUCUCUCUGUCACGCUCUCUCCAAAUGCUCCUUCCAUGGACUCCACCACAAGAUUGACUCCAUUGCCACCAGACCAACUAAACCCCAUUACAAACCCUAACCCUAGCUCCAACAAUCUCCCUUCAAAUCCUCACUCUCAAAUGUUCAAUCCUACACAAUUCACGUUCUCCAAUUCUUCCUCUCAACUCUCCCACCAUUCUUCCACCACCACAAACCACACUGCUAAUCCUUUCUUGUCAUUUCCUCAACCAGUGCUUCCCUAUACCUUACCUUCAGACCCACCCAUUCACCCACCUGGAACCGACCCAUAUGCCAAUUCGGGUACCUACCCAUUGACCCAUGUUGGGUUCCAUGGCCAAACGCAAUAUCGUGAAGACCCAAACGCAAGUUUCCAGAAUUGGGUCGUCAAUCAAGCCGAAUCCAUCAGAUACGAUAAUGUUGUGAAAUCUGACAAUGAGAAUUCAUUAGUGCCCACAAGCUCAAAUUCCUAUGGGAACAACACUUGGACACAUCAACCACUAGCAAAUGAUGUGACAAACAAUACUUUAAGCCAAAGCAGUGUAAAUGGACAAGUAAUUGCUGGCAGUUUGGGUGUGGUUGUGCCUACUAGUGCAGAGUUGGCGAAAAAGACAAGAAAGCUUGUGAGUGGUGGUACGGCAGUUGAUUCAGUAAGGUUAUGCACUAUAUGCGAUGUUGUUUGCAACAGCCAAGAUGUGUACAAUAAACAUAUUUCUGGCAGAAAGCACGCUGCUCAGGUUAGCCUAGCAGCACUGGGUGAUAUUGGACCAUAUUUUGCUGCAGUUCGAUCUCAAUUCAGUAGCACUGGGAGUAAAGUUCCAAAGAAGGUCAAGGUUAUUCAAUCUGCAUGGUGUGAUGUUUGCAAAAUCAAUUGCAACAGCAAUGAUGUGUAUGUCAAGCACUUAACUGGAAAGAAACACCUAAAGAAUCUGGAGCAACUGAAAAAGUUAAGCAAUGCUUCUAAUGCUGCUGCAUCAAUAGGUUCGUCAGCUGGAUCUAUACCGGUGAUUGGUCCACCAGAAAACCCACAAACCAAUAAGGGUAAAAGUGUUGAUACUCCAAAACCACAUGAAAAUGCUACUCAGUCACAGGCUGUGAAAGAGGAUUUGGAGAUGAAGAGACGUAAGAUUGUAGAGAGUGGAACGGCGGCCCACUCUGUUAGAAUGUGCACCAUUUGCAAUGUGGCAUGCAACAGUCAGACAGUUUUAGAUUCUCAUCUUGGCGGCCAGAAGCAUAAAGAUAUGAUGAAUAAAUUAGCAAAAGCUGGAAUGGCAACUGCAGGUUGAUAAUCGUUUCUCACUUCCUAAUGCCUGAAUGCCGCAAACAAAGAUGAGAUUUUGUAAGUUCUCUUUUGUUUGGGCUAUUCCCAAUUGCACCCUUUGGCAUAAAUAUAUAUCCAGAACUUGGAUAUGAAUAGGCGCAUUGGCAUAGAUACAUAUCCAGAAGUUGGGUAUGAAUAGGCGCAUAUAGCAUGAUUUUUAUGCAAGUAUCCUUUUGGUGUAAAAUAAAUUAUAAACUAGGGGUGUUUACAAUGUGUAGAGAAAAUUACAUGCUUAAUUUAUUCUAUCAAAUAGGCAUAGUUAAUUUUUUAUUUUA